AUGCCGCGCAGACAGCACAAAAAAUCCCGGAACGGCUGCCUAGAGUGCAAGCGCCGACAUAUUAAGUGCGACGAACGGCGCCCCGUAUGUGCGCAGUGUACCACCUCCGAACGAAUCUGCGAAUUCUCCGAGCGACAUGCCCGAAUUGUCCUGAGCGCGGCGUCCAGCAGGCAGACGCCUUCGUCCACCACCGGCACUCCUCUGUCGGAGCCAGCGGUGGCAGCGGGCUCCCAUGAAGAACCCCCCGUCAACAUGCUUCAUGCGGAGCUGCUGUGCCACUUGGUCACCGAGACCCUGGGCUCCCUCAGCAGAGAUAACAGCCAUCUGGCGAGCUUAUUCUCGACCGAAAUCAUGAAGUGCUGCUCCGAGGCUCCCUACCUCCUCAAUGAACUCCUCGCCCUCGCGGCCACUCAUAUCAGCAUCAUCCGCCCCGCCCAGCAGGCCUUGUAUCGCCAUCAUGCCGCGCAGCUGCAGAACCAUGCCUUGAGAUUCUUUCAUGCCACGAAUCCCACCCCCACUAGCACCCCCACAGCCUGUAUGCCCCGCUUUCUCUUUUCCUCCAUCCUGGGUAUGCACACGUUGUGCGACACCCUCGUCUUCCGGGAUGAUGAUUUCAACGUCUUUCUCGACCGCUUCAUCCACUAUCUCCACAUACACCGUGGCGUGCGCGCCGUCAUCGGCUCCAACUGGCGUGUCUUGGCCGAGUCCACUGCCCUCGCCCCGACCUUGGGCGACGCCGAAUCGCGAUUACAGGCCGAUAAUGCCCCCCUGGGCCCCGAAUGUAGCCGACUAUUGGCGCUCACCCAAUCCAGCAAUCUAAGUCCCUCUAUUGCCGCCACCUACCAACACGCCAUCGAGGCAUUGCAGUUGGCCAUGAACUCGGCAUCCUCCCUCGAGCCGAUGGGCAGCUGCCCUCCCGGUAUUUUCUCCUGGCCCGCAACUUUGUCCCCUGAGUAUGUUGAUCUCCUCGCGCUCCGGAGCCCGGACGCGCUGGCGGUGCUGGCGCAUUACGGUGUGGUCCUGCAUGCCCACCGCCAUCAUUGGUUCUUGGGCGAUGGUGGGCGGUACUUGAUUGAGUCUAUCCGCGAGUACUUGGGGCCCGACUGGGCGGAAUGGCUGGCAUUCCCGAAUCAUGCGUUGAGUCAGUCUACAAUCCCUUAA